CGACUGGUUGUUCUUGUUUGGGCUACACACCGUCGGGCGUCGACUGACUGUUGUGACUUGUAUCCCGUCCGACUGAGCUCGUCAACUUCUGUCGUAACCAUUUAUAGGGGUUAUCUGUGUACAGCGUGACGGUAAUAGAUUUAUUCGCUGCGACGAGACGUCUUCGUCUGUGUUAUUACAUUAUUUUUCACGAUCUUCUGAUUGUCUGAUAGUUGACACUAAUAAACCCGUUAAUAAUCAGUAAUAAUUGGUAAUUACUGAUAGAAUAAUAUUAAAACUUGAAGAAUUUCUGCCAUCCAUCAAUUAUUUUUUAUUUCUAAUAAUAUACCUACCUGAUAAAUUUCAAUAUGGAUUCUUUAAUUAUGGUAAUGAAUAAGUUACAAGACGUGUUUUCUACUAUUGGCACAAGACAAAAAGUUGAUAUUCCACAGAUUGUUGUGGUAGGUUCACAAAGUUCUGGAAAAAGUAGUGUCUUAGAAAGUUUAGUGGGUAAGUCGUUUUUACCAAGAGGUACUGGUAUAGUGACACGAGCUCCUUUGGUCUUGCAUUUAAUAAAUCCAACAGAAUUUGAAAUUGGAGACGAUAAUACAAAAAAAUUAAAAGAUUAUGCUACAUUUUUGCAUAAACCAAAUGUUUGUUUUACUGAUUUUGAUAAAGUUCGAAGAGAAAUUGAAAUUCGAACCGAAGACCUUACAAAAGGCCAAAAAAAUAUUACCGAUGUACCUAUUGUGUUGAACAUCUACAGUAAACAAUUAUAUAAUUUAAGUUUUGUUGAUCUUCCGGGCCUUACUAAAGUGCCUGUUGGUGGCCAACCCAAAGAUAUAGAACAAAAAAUAAGGGAGUUGGUGUUAAAUUUUAUAAAAAACCCAAAUUCAAUAAUAUUGGCAGUAGUAACAGCGAACACAGAUCCUGCAACUAGCGAGAGUUUGCAUAUUGCAAAAUCAGUAGAUCCAGAUGGCGACCGUACAAUAGCAGUUGUUACUAAAAUAGACAUAAUGGACGCUGGAACUGACGCUAGAGAAUUACUUUCUGGAGAAGUUAUUCCAGUUAAACUUGGAAUAAUCGGUGUUAUCAACCGUUCACAAAAAGAUAUAAACAAUGAAAAAACUAUGAUAGAUUCUCAUAAGGAUGAAAAAUUUUUUUUCAAUAUAGUUUAUCCUGAUAUAGCACAUAAUCAUGGAACAGAUGUGUUAGGAAAACAACUUGAGACUCUAUUAAUUAAAAAAAUAAAAGAGACCUGUCCAAAACUAAAAACUCAACUAUAUGAAAUGAAUACUAAGUAUGGAUAUCAAAUUAAAUCAUUGAAAGAAUUUACCAGCAACUACGAUCGAUCAUUGCUUGAUUUGAUCACACAGACUGCAAAUAGUUACAAUGCUAGUUUGAAAGGCCAAGCCAAUACAAGUCAUAAAGGCCUUAAUGGAGGUGCUGCCAUUGCAAAAUAUUUCAAAACCACUUAUAAUAAAGAGAUUAAUGACAUUGAUCCAAUGCAUGAUUUAUCUCCACAGUAUAUUUUUAAUGUUAUCAAUAAUGCAUCUGGAACCAACAUGGGUGUUUUUAUGCCAACUGAUGCAUUUGAUCAUUUGGUAAAGAAACAAAUACAAUUAUUUGAGAGUCCAUCAAUAGCAUGUGUCACAGCUAUAUAUGAUGAGCUAAUCUCAAACAUAAGCAAACUGGAUGCUGAUAUUACUUGUAAGUUGAAAAAAUAUCCUAAACUUUUUGAAAAAAUUAAUGAAAUAUUAGCAGAGGCAUUGGAUAAAUACAAGACAAAAUCUUCGGAAGCAGUUAGUAAAUUAAUUCAAUAUCAGCAAGGAUACGUAAAUACUGAACACGUGGACUUUAUUGAAGCUGUAAAAAAUUCCGAUGAAUAUAAAGAGCUUUUUGGGAAAGUAGUCAAACAAAGCAAUUGUGAAAAACUAGUCAAAUUUGAAGAACUGGGAUUUUCAGAAUUACCAAACCCCUAUUUUGUUGAAGGAAAUUUGUCCACUCAUUCCGGUGAAGAUGAAUCAUGGACGAAGAACUCAUUACUACAAAUGCGUAAAGUUGCUGAGAAAAUAACAACAUGUGCUUUUAUUGGUUUUGGUGAUUCAAAUGAAUUAAUAUUAAAAAGUAGAGCAGGUUUGCUCACUUUAUUUAUAAAAUGUUACUUUACUGUGAUUAAAAAAAUAAUUCUAGACACUAUUCCCAAGACAAUUAUGUAUGAAAUGGUUAAUCAAAUAAGAGAAAACUUUCAGAAAGAUUUAAUUUCCAAAAUAUACAAAUCAAAACAUCUUAAUAUGGCAGAACUAUUACUUGAGUCUAAAGAUAUUGUAGAUGAACGAAUAAGAACACAAGACCGUUUUGAAGCAUCUGAGAAAGCGCUAAAAUUGAUGAAAGAAAUUGAACUAAUUUGUCUCGAUUCUGAGUUAUGAAUCAUUUGACCAAAAAAUAUAUAUUUUUUUCUACAAUUCUAUGCAAGAUUACAUCCAUAAUGUGUUCACGAAUUACUUAUAAACUAAAUUUAAAUACACAAAUCCAGUUGAUCAAUUUCUAAUUUGAUGUUUGUUUAAGGUUACAUUUUUUUUAAAAGGUUUUUGGGGGUUAACAGUUUAUUGUGUAUUGUAUUAUAUUAUUACUGUUGAACUAAUUGUUACCUAAACAUAUGUUAAAGUACCAU